UUUCUGGGGUGAUUCUGGGGAAGAUUUCCCUUCACGGAUAAGAGAAGUUGGCAAGGAGCAUCAUUUAGCUCUGACACCUGCUUCCCUCCUGACGUGAAUAGGUUAACCUGGCUCCCAAAUGAAAGUCGGCCACUUCGUCUGGGCUCUGACUCAUUCCCUUACCACUGUCUUUGGAAGCUAACACUCAGCGUGAGACUCAAGUUCACUAUCACCUCUUCUCGUUCUCACAGCAGCCUCCCAAAGGGGCUUAUUUGUCUCAUUUCUACAGAAUAACUAGUUCCAGUCUAUAUGUGAAGAUGCUAAGACUUGGAGAGGGCAAAGAAAACUAUUCAAGUCACAUGGAACAUAGGUGGCUAAGUUGGGAUUGGAAUCCAGGUCUUUUUCUGGAGUGCUGAGAGGCAGGUUAUGGGCAGGACUGCCUCUGGCCCGCACCAUGAAGCCUGAACCUGCUUCGGCUCUGCCCUGGGCCCUGCUCGGCCUGAGCACUCAGCUUUGGGCUGCCCCGCUCCCUGCAGCCCCCUGCUGCUAGGAGGUAAAACUUCAGGGCUGGUCCUUGGCCUGUUUCUGCCCUUUACCUGGCUCACCUCACCACCACUCACGCCUCCUCCAUCACGGCACCCCCACCCCAGCCCUCUCCCCGGCCUCCCUGGCUGGGGUGUUUGGGGGUCCGUUGGGAGGAGUGCAUUGCUGAAGGCUUCCACCCGCCGUGUACCUUCUCCUCCUCGAAUCAAGGCCUCCGGAUCCACAUGGAUAGCUGAGAUCUUUUCUUGGAGAAGGACACUUUGCUCCUCACUCCCGUUCCCCACUUUCCCACCUGACUUCCCUCCUCUUCUGCUGCCCCGCCUCCUUCCUCUGCCGCUUCCUUGAAUCUCUUGCUCGUGUGCCCGUCUGGGGCCGUCUUGUUCGCGUUCCUUCUUCCUCACCCUCUGGGUAUUGGUGUGUGUGCGCCUCCUUCCUCUCGUGUGCUCUCUGUGCCCCCAGCCCGCCUCCUCUUCCUCUCUCCCUUCCGCCGCCAAGGGGGAUUGUCCCCCGAGGGCUGUUCCCCCGCCCGCUGCUCCUCCGGGCUCCAUCCUGGCUGCCACGAUGAGCUUCACCGCCAACUCGGUUUUCUUCACCCUGAAGGUGAGCGUCCUGCUGGGGUCGCUGCUGGGGCUCUGCCUGGGCCUCGAGUUCAUGGGCCUCCCCAACCAGUGGGCCCGCUACCUCCGCUGGGAUGCCAGCACGCGCAGCGACCUGAGCUUCCAGUUCAAGACCAACGUGUCCACGGGGCUGCUCCUUUACCUGGACGACGGCGGCGUCUGCGACUUCCUCUGCCUUUCCCUGGUGGACGGCCGCGUGCAGCUCCGCUUCAGCAUGGACUGUGCGGAGACCGCCGUGCUGUCCGACAAGCAGGUGAAUGACAGCAGCUGGCACUUCCUCAUGGUGAGCCGCAACCGCCUGCGCACGGUGCUGGUGCUGGACGGCGAGGGCCAGGCGGGCGAGCUGCAGCCUCAGCGGCCCUACAUGGAUGUGGUCAGUGACUUGUUCCUUGGCGGAGUCCCCGCGGACAUACGACCUUCUGCCCUGACCCUUGAUGGAGUACAGGCCAUGCCCGGCUUCAGAGGAUUAAUCCUGGAUCUCAAGUAUGGCAACUCAGAGCCUCGGCUUCUGGGGAGCCAGGGAGUCCAGUUGGACGCCGAGGGGCCCUGCGGUGAGCGUCCCUGCGAAAAUGGGGGGAUCUGCUUUCUCCUGGAUGGCCACCCCACCUGUGACUGUUCCACCACCGGCUAUGGAGGCAAGCUCUGCUCGGAAGAUGUCAGUCAAGGUCCAGGCCUCUCCCACCUCAUGAUGAGUGAACAAGCCCGAGAGGAGAACGUGGCCACUUUCCGAGGCUCCGAGUACCUGUGCUACGACCUGUCUCAGAACCCGAUCCAGAGCAGCAGUGAUGAGAUCACCCUGUCCUUUAAGACCUGGCAGCGGAACGGGCUCAUCCUGCACACGGGCAAGUCGGCUGACUAUGUCAACCUGGCUCUGAAGGAUGGCGCGGUCUCCUUGGUCAUUAACCUGGGGUCCGGGGCCUUUGAGGCCAUCGUGGAGCCAGUGAAUGGAAAAUUCAACGACAACGCCUGGCAUGAUGUCAAAGUCACACGUAACCUCCGGCAGCACUCAGGCAUCGGACACGCUAUGGUGACAAUCUCUGUGGAUGGCAUCCUUACCACGACAGGCUACACUCAAGAGGACUACACCAUGCUGGGCUCGGACGACUUCUUCUACGUGGGCGGAAGCCCAAGUACCGCGGACUUGCCAGGCUCACCCGUCAGCAACAACUUCAUGGGCUGCCUUAAAGAGGUUGUUUAUAAGAAUAAUGACAUCCGUCUGGAGCUGUCUCGCCUGGCCCGGAUCGGGGACACCAAGAUGAAAAUCUAUGGUGAAGUUGUAUUCAAGUGUGAGAAUGUGGCCACGCUGGACCCCAUCAACUUCGAGACCCCAGAGGCGUACAUCAGUUUGCCCAAAUGGAACACCAAACGCAUGGGUUCCAUUUCCUUUGACUUCCGCACCACUGAGCCCAAUGGCCUGAUCCUCUUCACUCACGGGAAGCCCCAAGAGAGGAAGGAUACACGGAGCCAGAAGAACACCAAGGUGGACUUCUUUGCUGUAGAACUCCUCGAUGGCAACCUAUACCUGCUGCUUGACAUGGGCUCAGGCACCAUCAAAGUGAAGGCCACUCAGAAGAAAGCCAACGAUGGGGAAUGGUACCACGUGGACAUUCAGCGAGAUGGCAGAUCAGGUACCAUAUCAGUGAACAGCAGGCGCACGCCAUUCACCGCCAGUGGGGAGAGCGAGAUCCUGGACCUGGAGGGGGACAUGUACCUGGGCGGGCUGCCGGAGAACCGUGCUGGCCUCAUCCUUCCCACUGAGCUCUGGACUGCCAUGCUCAACUACGGCUACGUGGGCUGCAUCCGUGACCUGUUCAUCGACGGGCGCAGCAAGAACAUCCGGCAGCUGGCAGAGAUGCAGAACGCUGCGGGCGUCAAGUCCUCCUGUUCGCGGAUGAGCGCCAAGCAGUGCGACAGCUACCCAUGCAAGAACAAUGCUGUGUGCAAGGAUGGCUGGAACCGCUUCAUCUGCGACUGCACGGGCACUGGCUACUGGGGAAGGACCUGUGAAAGGGAGGCGUCCAUCUUGAGCUACGAUGGCAGCAUGUACAUGAAGAUCAUUAUGCCCAUGGUCAUGCACACCGAGGCAGAGGACGUGUCCUUCCGCUUCAUGUCCCAGCGAGCUUAUGGGCUGCUGGUGGCUACUACCUCCAGGGACUCUGCGGACACCCUGCGUUUGGAGCUGGAUGGGGGGCGUGUCAAGCUCAUGGUUAACUUAGACUGUAUCAGGAUAAACUGUAACUCCAGCAAAGGACCUGAGACCCUGUACGCGGGGCAGAAGCUCAAUGACAAUGAAUGGCACACCGUCCGGGUGGUGCGGAGAGGAAAAAGCCUUAAGUUAACCGUGGAUGAUGAUGUGGCUGAGGGUACCAUGGUGGGGGACCAUACCCGCUUGGAAUUCCACAAUAUCGAGACCGGAAUCAUGACGGAGAAGCGUUACAUCUCCGUUGUCCCAUCCAGUUUCAUUGGCCACUUGCAGAGCCUCAUGUUCAAUGGCCUGCUCUACAUCGACCUGUGCAAAAAUGGCGACAUUGAUUACUGCGAACUGAAGGCUCGUUUUGGACUGAGGAACAUUAUCGCCGACCCCGUCACCUUCAAGACCAAGAGCAGCUACUUGAGUCUGGCCACCCUCCAGGCCUACACCUCCAUGCACCUCUUCUUCCAGUUCAAGACCACCUCAGCGGAUGGCUUCAUUCUCUUCAACAGUGGUGACGGCAAUGACUUCAUCGCAGUUGAACUGGUCAAGGGGUACAUACACUACGUGUUUGACCUUGGGAAUGGUCCCAACGUGAUCAAAGGCAACAGUGACCGCCCCCUGAAUGACAACCAGUGGCACAACGUUGUCAUCACCCGGGACAACAGUAACACCCACAGCUUGAAAGUGGACACUAAAGUGGUCACUCAGGUUAUCAAUGGGGCCAAAAAUCUGGAUUUGAAAGGUGACCUCUACAUGGCGGGUCUGGCCCAAGGCAUGUACAGCAACCUUCCAAAGCUGGUGGCUUCCCGGGAUGGCUUUCAGGGCUGUCUGGCAUCAGUGGAUUUGAACGGGCGCCUGCCAGACCUCAUCAAUGAUGCCCUGCAUCGGAGUGGACAGAUCGAGCGUGGCUGUGAAGGACCAAGUACCACCUGCCAGGAAGAUUCAUGUGCCAACCAGGGGGUGUGCAUGCAGCAGUGGGAAGGCUUCACCUGUGACUGCUCCAUGACGUCAUAUUCUGGAAACCAGUGCAAUGAUCCUGGCGCUACCUACAUCUUUGGGAAAAGCGGGGGCCUCAUCCUGUAUACCUGGCCGGCCAACGAUCGGCCCAGCACGCGCUCUGACCGCCUGGCUGUGGGCUUCAGCACCACCGUGAAGGAUGGCAUCUUGGUGCGCAUUGACAGUGCUCCGGGCCUCGGUGACUUCCUCCAGCUUCACAUAGAACAGGGGAAAAUUGGAGUUGUCUUCAAUAUUGGCACAGUUGACAUCUCUAUCAAGGAGGAGAGAACCCCCGUCAAUGAUGGUAAAUAUCACGUGGUGCGCUUCACCAGGAACGGCGGCAAUGCCACACUCCAGGUGGACAACUGGCCAGUGAACGAGCAUUAUCCCACAGGCAACACUGAUAAUGAACGCUUCCAAAUGGUAAAACAGAAAAUCCCCUUCAAAUAUAACCGGCCCGUAGAGGAGUGGCUGCAGGAAAAAGGCCGGCAGUUAACCAUCUUCAACACCCAGGCGCAAAUAGCCAUCGGGGGAAAAGACAAAGGACGUCUCUUCCAAGGCCAGCUCUCUGGGCUCUAUUAUGAUGGUUUGAAAGUACUGAACAUGGCGGCUGAGAACAACCCCAAUAUUAAAAUCAAUGGAAGUGUCCGGCUGGUGGGAGAAGUCCCGUCAAUCUUGGGAACAACACAGACGACCUCCAUGCCACCAGAAAUGUCUACCACUGUCAUGGAAACCACUACUACAAUGGCUACUACCACAACCCGCAAAAAUCGCUCCACAGCAAGCAUUCAGCCAACAUCAGAUGACCUUGUUUCAUCUGCUGAAUGUUCAAGCGAUGACGAAGACCUCGUUGAAUGUGAGCCGAGUACAGCAAACCCCACGGAGCCGGGAGUCAGACGGGUUCCGGGGGCCUCAGAGGUGAUCCGGGAGUCGAGCAGUACAACAGGGAUGGUCGUCGGCAUUGUGGCUGCUGCCGCCCUCUGCAUCUUGAUCCUCUUGUACGCCAUGUACAAGUACAGGAACAGGGACGAGGGGUCCUAUCAAGUGGACGAGACGCGGAACUACAUCAGCAACUCAGCCCAGAGCAACGGCACGCUCAUCAAGGAGAAGCAGCAGAGCUCGAAGAGCGGCCACAAGAAACAAAAAAACAAGGACAAGGAGUAUUAUGUGUAAAAACGACACCGCUAAUAAUCACGUGAAUUUAUGACACAAUUAUUUAUAUAUAAAUCUAUAAAUACUUGGAAAAUGAGAUUUCACAGAUGUCAGAACUGUUACUACUAUGAGAUGGGGUGUACCAUGACUAUGGUGGGGAAAACCACUUUUAAAAGGACACACACACAGAUGAACCUACCUAUAAAGUUCAGCCACGGCUGCUUUGAUUCAGUCAUCGCUCGGAGACAGAACAUUCUCUCUGCCCUGCUGUAUCAUAAAGCACAUACUUUGCGCUCUGGAGCAAGCAGCUGGCUCCCCCACUUUCGCGGACUUGGAAGCUUCCUUCUCUUGAGGACUUUUCACCCAAGGUAGAAGACUCCAUGGCUUACUUUUCCAUAACUCCAAGUGAGUCUGUAAUGAUGUUUGUGAAGCUUGACUGUAACAAUGUUUUCUUUUUUUUCUUUUGGUUUAAAUAUGUAAAAAAACAAAAAAAAAUGAAAAAAAUGAAAAACAAAAACAAAAAAAACCCACCCUUAUCUGGUUCUGGCCAGUGUACGUGUAACUUUUCAAGAUCUGAGGGGAAAAAAAAAUGGCUUUUGGGUUUUUGUUUAUUUUUUGAGAAUGACUGGACAUACGAAGAAAAAACAAACAAAAAAACUCAGAAAACGAAAGUUAAGAGAGACUAUUGCCAUAUGAACUCAAAAGCUACCAUGGUGUUCACUCUACAUAUCAGGUUGUGGUAUUUCUAGAAUCUGUUGUUUGUUUCCUGUAUGAUGCUUUGCUGAACACAUAGCAAAACCACAUGAUGGAUGAUAGCAUUGCUUUGAAAAGCUGGUCCCUCAGGAUCUAAUUUCAGAAUUUGCCACCCAAACCCUGACCAGAUGGGUUUAGGGCUGGUUUUAUCAGAGCUAUUGGCUUUACUUAACAAUAUUGUUCCUGUUCAUUAGCCCAGCCAAAUUGUGGUAAAGGAGAGAGCCCCACAAACUAAAACAGAGCCUUUCCUAGGGAAGGUGGAGAGGGGGUGGGCUGGAUCUGUGACUGAUUGAAAUGCAUGCAAAUCAUAAAAGACAAGACAAUACUAAAAGUCUGUUAAAGAAUCAAAACAGACAGUAGGGGAGUUCAACGUGUGAUGGAUCCACAAAAGGUCACACAAGCCAAACAUGGCAUGACAGAGUGCAAAAUACAUUUUUUCCCCCGCCCCCAACAUGAUGUUUUCCAUAGUGGUUUAAUUUUGUAGCCUGACACUUACAGAUAACUCUGUCCUUCCAUUUGCUCACAUCUCCCUUCACCCAUCUUUUCUAAAAACAAAUAAAUAAAAAAUAAAUGAAUAAAGCUGCUGUGACACACAAAAAAAGGAAUUUAAUAGUAUAAUAUAUAUAUAAAUAAAUAUAUAUACAGAUAUAUUUAUCAUGGUAUGUUUGAUGGGAUGACUGAAACAGGAACACUGUUAAAGUCUUGAAGUGGAAUGAGAAUGUUGUUUUAAAAGAAAAUAACAAAACAACAAAAAAGUAAACCUUAAAAUGUGAAGAAAGUGUGAGUUUUAGUUUUGUCACAGUUAACUGUGUCAAAGAGAAUAAACAAUCUUCUCAGAUUUUGUUUACAUAUUUUACUACAUUUUUGCUGGUAUAAUUCCUUAGCCACCUAUGUACAUACUGCUUUCAGAACUGUUCUUUCCUUUCUAUGGGUUUGUUUCGGUUUGUUUGGUUGAUAUUCCAGUUGUCUGUCUUUCUUUUUGAAAAGAGGAAACAAAUGUACAGAAAAACAAACUGGUUGUGUGGCCAUAGCUAAUCCAAAAAGCAAGAGACAAAGCAAGACAAAUAUUCACACAGAAAUGACGUAUGGCUUCUGGAGGGUCGGAUAUAUACAAUUUCUUCUGUACAGAUGAAAACCAUUCAGCUGUUUAGAUUUAGAAAUCUACUCUUGCUGGUCUUUGUAAGUUGCAUGAAUAUUUGACUUUUGAGAAAUAUCUUAAAGACACGGGGCAAAACACAAUCUAAACGAUGAUAGCCUUUACAAAUGUGUAUGGAAAGAGGUGUUCCUCAUUAUCUGGUAUUUCAAUGUGUUACGAGUCUUGGAUUUUUUUGUUGUCAUUAAAAAAGACAGGAUUAUAAAGAGAUAUCAAAGCACGAUUUUAGAUAACUUAAAUGGCCCAACCUAUAUGAAGUUGAUUAUAUCUCGAUGUCUGUAAAAGAUUGCUGUUUUUGGAGUCUUGAGGUCUUGUGAACUGAUUUCCUGCUUUCUUUCUUUACACUUUUUUAUUUGAGUAAAAAUACAUUUGUUAUAUUCCUUUUAGUGUAAGUUUCUAUUUGGACAAUUUUAUGGGAACAUGUGCAUUCUGUAUGUGAGCUUCUAUCAUAUUCCUGUUGUUUUAUGAGCAGACUCUUAAGGAAUUUAUUUUAUGAUGUUGUGAAGUUACUGCUUUUUCUUUUUCCUUUCUCUUUUAUUUCAUAUUUGCAUUUUCGUUCAAGGAUAUGCUUAGCAAUAAAAUGUUC